CGAAACCGUCAGUACAUAAUAAAUUUUGUUUCCGAAAAUAGCCUAUAUAUAAUUUGAUCACAAGCACUUUUGAAGAAGGGAAAAUAACGCAAGAAAGAGAUAGAAACAGACUGAGAUAGAGAAGUCACCAGAGAAAAACAACAUAUUGAAAUGUAUUCGAAUGGUGAACACUGAACACUGAUUGUUUUCUAAAGAAAAUCGACGAUCGACCAAUUCUUGUCACACACUAAACUAAAUGAAAUUUGAAAUUAAAAGAGGCAAAGAAUAAAAACAAGUCGCUAUAGGAGCAACAACACACAAAAAACCAACAACUAAAUAAAGAUCAUAACAGUUUAACAGUUUGAAAUGGUAACACACCAAUCAACGGCAAAUCAACAUUGAGAAAAUUCGAAAAAAAAACUACAAACAAAGACUAUUAUCCAUUCAUCUGAAAAUUGUACACCCAAGUCAAACAGUACAGUUCAACAGUAAUCAAAAACUAUCAAAUCCGAAAUACGAAAAUUAUUAUUACUUAAAACAAUUCCAUCUAAGUGGGAGCUAUAAAGUGUGCGUGCGAUCGAGUGUUUUUUUGUGCAGAAAAUCCAUAACGAAAGCGCGAGUGUUUUUUUUGUAACGCGUGUUUGGCACCGUGACGUCUUUAAUCGAAACACUGUAUAAUGUAUAUAGUGAAUGCAACAAAAUACAAAAAAAAAUGAACAGAGAUCGAGAAUAAGAAUGGAGAGAAUGUCACACAUAUAGAGGGGAAAAGCAUCGAUGAUAUAAUAUAUUGUAGACGCAAUCGGUUGCGCGUAUCAUCAUCAUUCAUCGCAAGUGAACCGUGUGUGCAUUAAAAAAAAAUACAAUAAAUUAAAUACCGUGUUGAAAAGAAUGUGAUAUCGCUUAAAUGAUACAGUGAGAAACGGAGUGAAGAAUAGAAGAAGAAGCAAGAGAAAAAGUCGUACAGGUCUUAAAACCACAUAUCAAAAAAUAAUAGAAUGAGAAUGUGUAUUUUGUGCGAUAAAAAAGAGAUACACGAAAAGAGAAAUCGUUCGUAUAAAAAUGAAAUUGAAAUUUAAUAAUAUAAUCAUAUAAAUAACGGAGAUGGACAUAGCAUCAAUGUAGCGAUACGUCCAAAAUACUAUUGACAACAAUUGAAACAGGAACAGAAAUGAAAAAUAAGAGCGACAGUGCCAUUGAACCAUUAAGAGAAAAGCAAACAAAUUAGUGCAAAUAAAACAAUAAAAAAAACAUCAUUGUGAAACAUUCAAGCGACGACGACGACGACGACGACGACGACAUAUCAAACAAAACGAACGGUGAAAUUGUUGACUGAGUUAAAUAUUUAAAGAAGAAAAGGGCAAGAAAGGAGGAAAAAAAGUACAGUGAAUAAAAAGCUGAAUAAAAUUACACUUAUACAGCACACACUUCACAUGACGCAAUAGACUGAUAUACGGGACAUUAUCAACUGGCGUGAUCUACAUACCGAUCGAUGAUUUCCACAAGUUUUUAAAGUGGUUUUCUGAAACGUCACAGCUCCGAAAAAAAAAGAACGCACAAAAAUAUUCCCCCCAAUAGAAAUUACGGAUCAAAAAAGUCGCCAUUUGACAGAGAGCCAUUGAUAGAGAAAAAGACGAAAUUUAUGAGGCCCAGAAAGUUCAGCCUAUCGAAUGUGAGAGGCGUAUAGUUUGUCGCGAACCAUCUAGUGAUCCGCACAAGAUUUGAUAUUGACUUCGUUUUUGCGGUUUCAAUAUAUUGAAGAUUAGUUAGUUUUUGGUUUUUAUUUGGACACCAAAAAUGCUGUCGAAAAAGUGAUUUUGCCAUAUUGGCGGGAAGUCAUGCGCCUACAAAAAUCAAAGAAACGAAUCCUAUUAACACAUGUUUUUACAGGUAAUUUCUAACGUGAGGAAACGCGCCGAACGGCCCCAUUCUAAGGGGUCAUGACGCGUUGGCGCUUCAAGCUAUUUUUGCUAGCAUUGAUAGGGAUCGUAAUCACAGUUUUUUUCAUAAUUCCAACGGACGGCGCACGAAAUCAUCAUUCGCUACAACCAUAUAUCUACAAAAAAACUGUGCUUACUGUUGGAUAUUUAACGGCUAUUAAAGGUGACAUAAAAGAUAAACAAGGCCUUGCCAUAUCAGGUGCAAUCCAAAUGGCUUUAGACGAGGUAAACAAUGAUCCACUUUUACUACCAAAUGUAACGCUAUCUCUUCGAUGGAAUGAUACACGCGGUGACACCGUAUUAGCUACACGUGCCAUAACUGAAAUGAUCUGUGAUGGUGUUGCAACAAUUUUCGGACCAGAAGGCUCUUGUCAUGUCGAAGCCAUCGUUUCACAGAGUCGAAAUAUCCCAAUGAUUUCCUAUAAAUGUUCAGAUUAUAUGACCACCUCCAUACCAACAUUUGCUCGUACCGAGCCUCCAGACACUCAGGUAACCAAAUCGGUGAUAUCUCUACUCAGUUACUAUGGUUGGAAGAAAUUUUCAAUAAUUCACGAAGAAGUAUGGACAACUGUAGCAAAAUCGCUACAAAAGCAAGCUAAGUCAAAAAAUAUGACAAUUAAUCACUGCAAAACAGUGAUCGACAAUCAUAAAUGCUGUGAAAAUAAUCUGGCAUGCUGCCGUAGCAGUUACUGGCAUCAGCUCAUACAAAACACGAAAAACGGAACUCGAAUCUAUGUGUUUCUUGGCACAGCACCCGCACUUAACGACAUGAUGCUAUCUAUGGACACAAUGCAAUUAUUCUCGAAAGGUGAAUAUAUGGUAAUUUUUGUUGAUAUGAUGACCUAUUCACCAAGAGAAGCACAUCAAUACCUAUAUAAACCGGAUCAAUUAACGAAACUGCAAAAAUGCAAUGAAAUCGAAAACUUUGUGAAUCGCGGACGCAGUUUACUUGUUGUUGUUGCAACACCACCGAGCGAAAACUAUGAGAAAUUUACGGAAAAAGUUCGUGAAUACAAUACCAAAGCACCAUUCAAUUUCUUGCUACCCAGUCUGUUCAACAAUUAUACCAAGUUUGUAUCGAUCUAUGCAGCAUAUUUGUACGAUUCUGUAAGAUUGUAUGCAUGGGCAUUGGAUCAAUCGUUGAAACAGGAGAAGGAGGAGGGACGAGAACUCACCGACAAAGUUAUACAAGAUGUUGCUAACAAUGGCACACGAAUCAUUGAGACCAUCAUCAAAAACCGCACUUACAAAAGUAUAACUGGUUCGACUAUAAAAAUCGAUCAUAAUGGUGAUUCUGAAGGUAAUUUCUCUGUACUGGCGCUCAAACCAUAUAAAAUGACGCGCGAGAAUUUUUCCUGCGAUUUUUACAUGGUUCCAGUGGCAUACUUUCAGCAAGCCGAUAAUUUUCCAGUAUAUAGACUUAUAAAUGCAUCCAUAAAAAUUGACUGGCCGGGAAAUGAGAAACCAAUCGAUCAGCCAACGUGUGGUUUCAACAAUGAAUUAUGUCCAAAAGAUGAUACGCAUAUUACGUCAAUGGUUAUUGCCGGCGCCUUAGCACUCAUGCUAUUCUGCAGCACUGUGGUGAUGUUGAGCAUUUAUCGCAAGUGGAAAAUCGAAUUGGAGAUCGAAGGUUUGCUGUGGAAAAUCGAUUCAUCUGAAAUAAAGGGCUAUUUCAAUAACGACAUUGUAUCGUCACCAAGUAAAUUAAGUCUAGUCAGUGCUGCAUCGUUUGGAUCACGAUGUUCAAAUCAAGUAUUUACAACAACGGGCAAAUUUCGCGGAGUUGUUGUUCGCAUCAAGGAAUUAAAGUUCGCUCGCAAACGGGACAUUUCACGUGAUAUUAUGAAAGAAAUGCGUUUGUUGCGCGAUCUACGUCACGAUAAUAUAAAUAGUUUUAUUGGCGCGUGCGUUGAACCAAUGAGAAUACUACUAGUCACUGAUUAUUGUGCCAAGGGCAGUCUGUACGAUAUUAUCGAAAACGAGGAUAUAAAAUUAGAUGACUUAUUCAUAGCGUCACUGAUACACGAUUUAAUCAAGGCAAUGAUUUUCAUACAUGAUUCAGCCCUAUGCUUCCAUGGCAAUUUAAAAUCAUCAAAUUGUGUUGUGACAUCACGUUGGUUAUUGCAAGUAACCGAUUUUGGUUUGCAUGAUUUACGACAUUGUGCCGAAAAUGAAUCGAUCGGUGAACAUCAAUACUAUCGAAAUCAAUUUUGGAAAGCACCCGAAAUUUUACGCAAUUGUAAUGUGUACGGUUCACAAAAAGCCGAUACAUAUGCGUUUGCCAUCAUUUUAUAUGAAGUAAUUGGUAGAAAAGGACCAUUCGGUCAAGUUGGCUAUGAACCAAAAGAAAUUAUCGAAAUGGUAAAGCAUGUUCCGAGCUUCAAUGAGGAUCCAUUUCGACCGGAUAUUGAAUGCAUUCAAGAUUCUGGAAAUUGCGCCGAUUAUAUUAUCAAUUGUAUCAGAGAAUGCUGGGAUGAAAAUCCAGAAGUUCGACCCGAUUUCCCAACAAUUCGGAGUCGCUUAAAGAAAAUGCGAGGCGGAAAGUCCAAAAAUAUAAUGGAUCAAAUGAUGGAAAUGAUGGAAAAGUAUGCAAACAAUUUGGAAGAUAUAGUAAAUGAACGAACGCGACUUUUGUGCGAAGAAAAGAAAAAAACGGAAGACUUAUUACACAGAAUGUUACCGAAAACGGUGGCAGCAAAUCUAACGAAAGGUCAUGGCGUUGAGCCCGUUUCAUAUAGUUCGGUAACAAUUUACUUUAGUGAUAUAGUCGGUUUUACAGCGAUGUCGGCCGAAAGUUCACCGCUGCAAGUGGUCAAUUUUCUAAAUGAUUUGUACACAGUAUUUGAUCGCAUAAUCAAAGGGUAUGACGUGUACAAAGUGGAAACAAUUGGUGACGCCUACAUGGUGGUCUCUGGUUUGCCGAUCAAAAAUGAUAUACGUCACGUUGGGGAAAUUGCAUCAAUGUCUUUGGAUCUCUUAAGUGCAGUGCGUCAGCAUAAAAUAUCGCAUCGACCAAAUGAAAUGCUUAAAUUGCGAAUUGGCAUGCAUACCGGACCAGUGGUGGCUGGUGUUGUUGGACUGACAAUGCCACGAUAUUGUCUAUUUGGCGAUACAGUGAAUACGGCCUCUCGCAUGGAAUCAACAGGUGAAGCAUUAAAAAUUCACAUUUCAGGACAAUGUAAAGAGCUGUUAGAGCGAUUGGGCGGCUAUGAAAUUGAAGAACGUGGCCAAAUAGAACUUAAGGGGAAAGGCAAGGUGAAAACGUAUUGGUUGACUGGUGCAACAGAUAAAGCAAUCAAACGAAGAGAAGUUAAUUUGAAUGAUUUACCACCGCUCUUCUGUCGACCACGACGAAGUCCAAAAUUCAGUGAUUCACGGCAGCCGAGCUAUGUUGGUGCCCAAUAUUUUGGUAAUAACGCAACAACCGGUAGUCGUCGUCAAUCGAAUGUACCACGGUGUAAUGAUAGUGAAAGUGUGUCAAGUCUGCAGGGAUCUCUAAAGCGGGUAGUAGAAUAUUCGCCAAAGUCUAGUCAACGAAAACAACUGAGUCGUACACCAUUGUAUUUAAGCGAAAAUUCUCGAACCACCCUGGAGCAAAGCGAAUCACUUACAAAUAAUGAUUGUUUUAAACAACAAGCAGACGACGAUUCAAUAAACCAGUAUCAAUUGCAACAAUUCGAUUAUAUACAGAAAAAACCAUUUGCAAUGGUUCGACCCCAACGCAUUUUAACCUGUAUGAAUGAUAAAUAUCGUUCAUUUCUCAGUACGCUCGAUUUAAAUUCAAAUGUGGCAAGUCGAUUGCGUGAAAGUAAAUCACUCGAUAUCAUCAUACCAAGUAAUCAACUACGUAAUCGUAUUGAUUCGAAACGUUUACCAUUGGCAAAAAUCGAUCGAAGCGCAUGCUCAUUGGAUGCUGGUGUUUCAAUGAUCAGCCGAGAUCCAAUGCCCGAACCAUUUAAUUUAGAUAAUUUACGUUGCAAUUUUGAAAUUGGCAGCACUCGCAUGAUAUGUGCGCCGGAACAUGAUUCAACGGUUAGCAUAGAUAAAAAUGUAAAAAAAGCGAAAAAUUCAUACAAAGGACUCAAUAAUUGUAAUGGACCAACAACAACAUUGUUAGGCGAAGAUGCCCAUUGUCCGUUGCUCUAUCGCCAAAAUUCAUUAAAUAAUCCACAGGACGAAAAUAUAUUGCAGCAAAAACGAUGGCGCUCAUUGGAAACAGUUCAAGUUAAUCGAAGCAGCGACAGCGAUGCAUCAGCACCAAAGAAAACUGUAAACCGUGGCUCGAUUCGUUCGUGGUUGGUCAAUAUAUUUCAAGGCAAUGGUUUCAACGAUGCAUCACUUCGUAAAACAGCAGUCGUGCCGAAUCGUGUUAAAGGAUUCAGCGGAUUUGGUGAACUACCACCAGCACCCGAGCAUGAAAGCAUCGUUUGAGCAUCUAUUUAUGUUAUUUUGGCAAAUUGAGAUCAUUUUGAAAGUAGAAAGAACAUAAAUCAAUUUUAAAUACACAUUGUACACAAGAUGAAAAAGAAGAAAAAAAACGUUAUUUACACAAUUUAUUAUUCUUGGAAUGUUGUUUGUCUAAUGCAAGUACUCAAGUCAAUUUUUUGAUGAUGUCGAAACACACAUUAAACAAAUUCACACACACACACACACACACACACACAAACAAAGAAAGAAAUACACACAACACUCUUGUAACGUCAAUUGAAAAAAUCAAUGUUUAUGUAAUAAGUGCCUUGUUAUGUCUUCAAAUUGAUAAAACAAAAAAGAUGAUGAAGAAAAAGUGGCAAAUAUUAUUAAAAAAAAAAAAA